AAAUGCAAGGACUAUAAGUUUAGAUUAUUUAAUUAGCUUAUUCAAACAAUGCAACAAUAAAUUUGCAAUAAUUGCAAUCGGUUUUUGUACUUUAAAAAAUUAAAGAUAUUAAAUAAAAGAAAGAUAAACGAGAAUUUGGUGUCGACGAUAAGCAUAAUACUUCGUAAUUAACUGAAUACACUUAUGUUUGAAAAUAAAAAUAACACAAACUGAUGGCGUAACGAGGUCGAAUAUUACAUUUGUAAAUCAACAAAAUUUCAAAGCUCGACGCUCUAGAACUACGAUAAGAGAGCUUUGAAAAUGUCAACUUAAUGAUUAACUUAACAGUUCAGUUCGUAUUUGUCGCUAUUAAGAAGAACUUCUGUAGCAGCUGAAUAAUUAUUAAUACUCCCAAAAAUAAGCAUGAAAUUUGUUGCGGUUUUUCUGAUGUUCGUUGCUUGUUUUGCCCAUUCCUGGGCAUUAAAAAAUGAUAUAUGCGGAUUACCACAUUCACAGGAUGGCGAUGGAUUUUAUGUGUGUAAGGCACAACUGCCCAAGUGGAGCUAUAAUUCUAAGACAAACGAGUGUGUGAACUUCACUUAUGGAGGUUGUGGUGGCAAUGACAAUCGCUUUGAAACCGAACAGCAAUGCAAUGACAAAUGCAAGGAGUGAAUACAACAUGAUGCUGUAGAUAUUUGAUUUCAUUUAGCCAAGGACUAAAAACAUUCAUUUUAUAAACCGAAUUUUUGGCAAUUUUAUGAAAAAGUUAAUAACAAUAAAAAGAAUCUUUAGGAUGAUGUCAUUCUUCACCGAGAACAUGCGAACUUGAAAAAAAUCAA